GUUUCGAAAAUGUCCUUUCAACCGACGGAAGUCGAAUAGACGAUACAAUAUGGCCGCCGGGUGAGGGAGGAGAGGGGAAGAAUUAGCAGCUUAUUUCAUGGGAGCUUCAGCUAUCUCCUUCAGGGACCCUCUCGAUACCUUAAUCCGUCUUCGGAAAACUCUUCUUUCGCCUGUAAACUAUAAGCUUUCCUCGAAUUCAUGAUCUAUUUCUGAUUAUCCUAUUCCAUGUUAAGAUAAUCUCUUCUAUCGGUAAUUUGAGAUUGCCUUUUAUCCUUCUUACCUAAAAAAAAAAACAUUGCUUUUUAUCCUUAUAUUGUUUCCUAUUGAAUCAAAAGUCUGGGUUUCGUCGUGCGUGAAUAGAAACAAUAUCCAGAUUCUGUUGAACGCCUACCAGUUUGGCAAUUGAGAUUUUUGAGGUUAGAUUUCUGGAUUUUUCGAAUUCAUGUCUCCCUGAAUAAUAUCAGAUUUUUAGGGCGGCAGGCCCCAAGAAAGAGGGGAAUGGCAGAGCCGAACAAUUUUUAUCGAACGAGGCGCCGUCGAUUUCGUGGAAUUUUUAAUUUGCUCUGUACUCUGGUGGUCUUUUUCUUCUUCUACAAUCGCGAAGAUAUUCUGAGGAAUCCUUUCCUCAGGCAGUUGCCUUCUACUCUUCCUCCUCAGUGGAGCUCGAGAGGCGAUUUUUAUGACCGAAAGGGUCAUUCAGAGGUGAUUCACAGGAGAAUCGUUGAAAUUGGUCUUAAUUCGUCGAAUUAUCUGGUCGGUACUGAUGGUGAAGUCCAGAAUAAUUUGACGGUAGGCAAUCCAUCAGUUUGCAGUGGAUUAUUGGAACACAAGGGUUACGCCAGCCAAUGUGAGUACGUGAAAUCUCAACCGCAGUGCGCAUUAGAUGGAUUCUUUAAUUACAUUAUGUUCUUCUACUGCGACUGUCAGAACUUUAGGAUCUUGGGGUAUGCCGUCUUGGGCACAUGGCUUCUUGCUUUAUUCUAUAUGUUAGGUAAUACUGCAGCUGACUAUUUUUGUUGUUCCUUGGAAAAGCUCUCAAUUUUGUUGAAGCUUCACCCAACGGUUGCUGGUGUUUCUCUACUUCCUCUUGGAAAUGGAGCUCCUGAUGUAUUUGCUAGCAUUGCCGCUUUUGUGGGCACGGAUGUAGGUGAGGUGGGUCUCAAUAGUGUUUUGGGUGGAGCUGUUUUCGUUACUUGUGUUGUUGUUGGGACUGUCUCGCUUUGUGUUGCAGAGAAGAGGGUUCAAAUUGAUAGGAAAUGCUUUAUCAGAGAUGUUAGUUUUUUCAUCCUCACCCUAAUAUCACUUUCACAAAUUUUGAUAAUUGGGAAAGUGAGCGUUGGUGGAGCAGUUGCCUUUGUCUCGGUCUAUAUUGCUUAUGCUUUCUCUGUUGCUGCGAAUGAGGUCUUGAGGAAACAUGCCCGGAGGUUAAGGUUGGAUGCUGUGACGCCAUUGCUUCCAGUCAGAGAAAGUAUCUUUUCCACAGGAAGUGAGGAAGAUGAAUCUAUUUACAGCUCACUACUUGACAUAGAAUCUGAGAGUGAUCCACCACACCUUCAAAAUACCUUACCACAGUGGAUGUGGGCUUCAAAUGUGGCAAUUUAUUCAAAUCAGACAUUGAAGAUUAGUGAGUUAGAUAGCCCAAGGCUUUUGUGGGGAUGGACUGAUGAAGUAACUGAUAUUGAUGACCGGUCACUUAUUUCCUGUUCUAAAAUAUUUUCUCUGUUGGAGAUGCCCUUAACACUCCCAAGAAGGUUGACAAUUCCAAUAGUUGAGGAGCAACGAUGGUCCAAAGUUUAUGCAGUCUCCAGUGCCUCAUUGGCUCCCAUGCUUCUGGCAUUUCUGUGGAAUACUCAAGAUAAUUUGGAUUCUCAAAGCAGAAAAAUUGCUUGUGUCAUAGGUUUUCUGGUGGGUGGUACACUUGGUAUUCUUGCCUUUCUCUUCACCCAAUCUGAUCAGCCACCCCGCAAGUUCUUAUUUCCAUGGGUUUUGGGGGGUUUUGUUAUGAGUAUCAUUUGGUUCUACAUUGUUGCCAAUGAACUUGUUGCCCUCUUAGUGGCAUUUGGUGUAAUUCUAGGAAUCAACCCAUCAAUACUUGGAUUAACUGUGUUGGCCUGGGGCAAUUCAAUGGGUGAUUUGAUGUCAAAUGUUGCACUGGCAAUGAAUGGUGGGGAUGGUGUGCAGAUUGCUUUGUCAGGAUGCUAUGCAGGGCCCAUGUUCAACACACUUGUUGGUUUGGGGAUCUCAAUGCUGCUUGGAGCCUGGUCACAGAGGCCUGCAUCUUACUUGGUUCCCCAAGAUAGUAGUUUGUUUUAUACAAUGGGGUUUCUCAUGUCAGGACUUAUCUGGGCACUCAUUGUUUUACCUCGGAAUGACAUGCGCCCUAGCAGGUUGUUGGGUGUGGGCCUCAUAGUGCUUUAUUUGCUAUUCCUCUCAAUCAGAAUAAGCAGUGCAAUAGGUGUUAUAUCACUGGCUGGUCUAAAUUGACAGUUUUCUGACCUGCCAAAAGUGUGUUCAUGAAUUGUUCACGUUGGAUGUUUAUUUCAACCAAGGUCAGGAGCAGAAUUAUUGCAGUUUUCGUGUACAAUCAAGUUUGGCUGGCAUUGUGAACCCUUUGUAUUGUACGUGACAAUACAAUGUAUACAUAAAUACGUAGGACACUGUUUCCUUGAUGUAUGCAUUACUGGUUUAAUGAUAAUUGAACAGAGAUCUGCUCAAAUCAGUUGUUUCUUCAAA